GUGAGCGGUAGCAGCUCAGCACUUGUAGCCAGCUAGCUAGCAUGUGUCGAGGUAAUGCUACACAACGACGCAAAGGUGACACCGAGGUUGAUUAUCACCCUACAUCGUUAUGGGUGUUAUUGAGGAUAACUAGCUGAUCGGUGUUCUCUUAUUCCGUACAGUGAAAAUGACUGGUCGAGGCCAGCACUACGGGUUCCAAGCAGCCACCAUAGUUCAAGCUUCCAAUGGUGGUCAUGCCUACCGUUUUGGGAGCAAUAAUUCAGAGAAUGAACUGUCCGAGGAGGAUGGGGAAAGCUGUGAGCUGCGGCCGCGUAGCAGAGAAAGGAACAGAAGGAGCACAUCCAGGGAGAGGGUGGACGACAUUGUCUACCUGACUAGAGAUAUCCAGGAGGGAGACACUCUGAACAGCAUCGCCUUGCAGUACCAUUGCUCGGUGGCAGAUUUAAAGCGUGCAAACAACCUCCUGACAGAGCAAGACUUCUUUGGCCUGAGAUCUGUAAAAAUUCCCGUCAAACGCUUCAGCGUCUUGACAGAAACUCACAACACUGGACCUCUCAAAUCGGCCUCCCCUUCCGAAACCCACCGCCUGACCCAUAUCUCGCCCAUCACCUCCCUCCCUGUGGAGUCCUCCACAGACUCCUCCUCUUCCACAGACAGCGUGGAAGGCUUCCUCAUGGAGAAGGACAAGGACAUCGAGCGACUAGUCAAAUCCACCGGUCCAUCGAGGAGCAGCCUCAACGAAGUUGUGUCCUCUUUAACGCUCCAGCAGAGUCAGCCCUUGCUGGGAAAAGGAGAGUACAAACCAGUGGAGAAAAAGGACCCUUAUUACGGAGCGGACUGGGGCAUGAGGUGGUGGACGGCUGUGGUCAUCAUGCUGGUGGUCGGCAUCGUCACGCCUGUGUUUUAUCUGCUGUACUAUGAAGUCCUCGUGAAAACUGAGGGCACUCAUCACAACACGCCCACAGAGGGCCUGCGGGACAUGCCUCCCGCACAUCUCCAUGGUGACAUUCCUAUAGACGACAGUCAUGCAGGAGCUGGCUCCCCACAACAAGCUGGAGACGUAGCUCAUGAACCCUCACAAGGCCUCAGAGUGGACAAUGCCAAACAUGAAAAGACAUAGCAACUGUAGUGGCACAAUACUGUGUAACGACUAGUUUUUAAUGACAUAUUAAAAAUAAUGCAAUCUUGAGGGAAAGUCACUUUAGUGGGAACAAACAUUUAUAUAUUUCUAUUAAUUUAAACCAAGAGGACCUUGCAAAUGGACUGUCAUUCAUGCUGCUGCUGCCUUUGAAGCCACAUGCAAUUUUCCACAAAUAUGGACAGUUCAUUUCCAUUUUGAACAGUUAAAUUAUGCAUUUGGGUUUAAAGUAAUUUUGUACUGUAUUUGGUCCAUAUUGCAUAUUACAUGGUUAUUUGUAGGAGAAAUCAUGUUCAUUGUUUUCAUUUAGAAAUAAUACUUCCAGACUAUUGUGCCAUUGUAUAUGGAAGUUACCAAUUAUUGAUGUGCUUUCUUUUGAAAUAGAGAAAAUGUCACUUAAAAACAAUAUUAGGCUCAGUGGAAAAUUGUACAGCAUUCCCCCAAUGAUGCAAUUAUGAGAGGUUUUGUGUUCUGUGUAAAGCCCUUUUACUUCACUUGUGUAGAUUGUGGAAAAAUAUUUUCUGAUGACAGUAUGUGCCUUUCAACCUGUGGAAAUGUUCUUACAGGCUGGAGAAUAAACAAAUCUAUUUUCAAAUAUUGCCAGCAUGCAUACAGUUUGGCAUUUCUUAUUUACACAGCUCUUUAAAUAAAGCUUUUUUUUUUUUACAGUAUAAACAAAAAUCACUCAUUUUGACAGCAGUCCAACCUAAUAUAUAAUGAAAGCA